AUGGCUAGAACUUUCUUCGUCGGUGGUAACUUCAAAUUGAAUGGUAACAAGAAAUCCAUUAAGGAAAUUGUUGAAAGAUUGAACAACGCUUCUCUUCCAGAAAACGUCGAAGUUGUCAUCUGUCCACCAGCUGCUUACUUAGACUACGCUGUCUCUUUAGUUAACAAGAAGCAAGUCACCGUCGGUGCCCAAAACACUUACUUGAAGGCUUCUGGUGCUUACACUGGUGAAAACUCUGUUGACCAAGUCAAGGACACUGGUGCUAAGUGGGUCAUUCUAGGUCACUCUGAAAGAAGAUCUUACUUCCACGAAGAUGACAAGACUGUCGCUGACAAGACCAAGUUCGCUUUGGACAACGGUGUCGGUGUCAUCUUGUGUAUUGGUGAAACCUUAGAAGAAAAGAAGGCCGGUAUUACCUUAGAAGUUGUUGAAAGACAAUUGACCGCCGUCUUGGCUGAAGUCAAGGACUGGACUAACGUCGUUAUUGCUUACGAACCAGUCUGGGCUAUUGGUUCCGGUUUGGCCGCUACCCCAGAAGAUGCUCAAGAAAUUCACGCUUCUAUCAGAAAGUUCUUGGCUUCCAAGUUGGGUCAAGCUACUGCUGAUCAAAUCAGAAUCUUGUACGGUGGUUCCGCUAACGGUUCUAACGCUGUUACCUUCAAGGACAAGGCUGAUGUUGAUGGUUUCUUGGUUGGUGGUGCUUCUUUGAAGCCAGAAUUUGUUGACAUUAUCAACUCUAGAAACUAA